GAAAAAUAAAGUGAAAUAAGAUAACAUGAACGGUGUUGAGUGCUGAAGCAACUGUGAGAGAAAGAAAGAAAAGAUGAAGCUGAAGGUUUAUGCAGAUCGAAUGUCGCAGCCAUCCCGUGCGAUUCUCAUAUUCUGCAAAGUGAAUGGAAUAGAUUUUGAGGAGAUCAAAGUCGAUUUAUCCAAACGUCAGCACUUAUCUCCCGAAUUCCAAGCAAUUAACCCUUUAAGGAAAGUCCCUGCAAUUGUUGAUGGAAGGUUCAAGCUAUUUGAGAGUCAUGCAAUUCUCAUAUAUCUUGCAUCUGCGUUUCCGGGAGUUGCAGACCAUUGGUACCCAGCCGAUCUUUCCAGGAGAGCAAGAAUUCACUCCGUGUUAGAUUGGCAUCAUCAGAAUUUGCGGCGUGGGGCAGCUGCAUUUGUUCUAAAUACUGUACUAGGGCCAGCGUUGGGUCUACCACUGAACCAACAAGCAGCUGCUGAAGCUGAGAAAAUUUUGAUUUCCUCUUUGACUAAAAUAGAAAACAUUUGGCUUAAGGGGGACGGAAAGUACUUGCUUGGUGGCUUACGCCCAUCCAUAGCAGAUCUCAGUCUGGUUUGCGAAAUUAUGCAAUUAGAGCUUUUAAAUGGGAAGGACCGUGAUCGUAUCCUUGGCCCGCACAAGAAAGUUCAGCAGUGGAUAGAGAGCACAAGAAAUGCAACGAGACCUCACUUUGAUGAAGUUCAUAAAAUCCUCUAUAGGCUCAAAACGAAGCUUUCUGAGCAGCAAUCUAAUCAGGCAGAUAGCGUAAUGGAAUCUAGGAUUAGAACCCCACUGACUUCAAAAAUAUGACCAAACAACCUUGACAGACAUCAAAGAUGAUGAUGUUUUUGUCUGUAUUAAAACCACCUUAAUAUAUGUUGGAUAGGUAAUAAAUGUCACUGCCAUUUGAAGAUACAAUCGUGCCUCCGAAAUGCAGAUUUGACGUUUCACUUGUUAGGGUAUGUUUGGAAACAUGUUAUAACUCAGUUGAAUGGAAAAUUUUCAGUUUUUGAUGCUCAAACUGGGAAGGAAGUGGAGGGUUACGUCCAUGUUCAGUUCAACUCAACAGAAAUGUAAACAGAUACCCGAUCUAUCUGUUAUUUACUUUUGCUGUGUACAAUAUUUUCAAGGAGUUGGUAAAUUGCUGUAGAGCUAUAUGAAUUGUACAAUUUUUUUUUUUAAAAAAAAAAGAAGUAAGAAUGCUUAUCGCAUCA